AAGAUGAAAGAAGUAUUGUGUCACAUCACAUCCCUUAUCUCCUUUCACACACUCUCUGUCCAACUCAUCAGUCAACACUAAGCAGUCUCUAUACCCAUUGCGACGCCAGGAGAAGCCGAAGAAGAAGAAGAUGGAUCCAUCCCUAGUCUCGCAGGGUCACCCCUAUGUCCCACUCGAUUUGCACCUACCCGAUUACUCUCCCUGCUUCCUUUCCAUGUCCAACAUUAUCUCUGUCUUCGCCUUCUCCUCGUUGCUCAUCGUCUCUCUCAUCUGGAUUUUCUCAGGAGGUCUUAAGAAAAGGAAAGUUGACAGAGUGCUGAUGUGCUGGUGGGCCUUCACAGGUCUUACACACAUGAUUCUUGAGGGCUAUUUUGUUUUCUCACCUGAGUUUUUCAAGGAUAAGAGUGGCUUCUACCUGGCUGAAGUUUGGAAGGAAUAUAGCAAAGGGGAUUCAAGGUAUGCAGGAAGGGAUGCAGGAGUAGUUACUGUUGAAGGAAUAACAGCUGUUUUGGAGGGUCCAGCUAGCCUCCUAGCAGUGUAUGCAAUAGCUACGGGAAAGUCAUACAGCUACAUACUGCAGUUUGCCAUUUCUUUGGGUCAAUUAUAUGGAACUGCUGUCUAUUACAUCACAGCUAUUUUGGAAGGUGAUAAUUUUUCUAGCAACACAUUUUACUAUUAUGCAUACUAUAUUGGAGCAAAUUUCUCUUGGAUUGUAAUACCCUCUAUCAUUGCCGUCCGCUGUUGGAGGAAGAUCUGUGCAGCAUUUCGGCUUCAAGGAAGUCAGACAAAAAAGCCUAAAGCUCAUUGAUGCAGACAUUUGAGUUUUAGGAUAGCAUUGUUGUAUGAAUUAUGUGAAUCGAUUCUCUUGAACUACACGUGUAAUUUGAGGAGGUGAUGUUUUAUGUUUUGAACAACUAUUUCUGAAACAUUGGUGUGAAUUGUUUGGUGGUACAUGGCAACACAUAGACACUUGUGUAAUUUUUAUUUAGAAUUUGAUAGUGUUUAAAUUUG